UUUUGACCAUGGUCCUAAGAAGGUUUACAACAUGUGCUGAGAAAAAUGACAUUCAGAUGCAUCUACUGACGCAAUAAUUGAGAAAUGACACAAGUGUUGUCGAUGACUUAUUGAAGAAAUAACAUCAUGUCUUCUGUAAUGUCGGGGUUACGAUGUCAUCUAUACAGAAUCAAGGGACAAAAUUAUAGGGCCGCAUCACAGACUUUAUUUGAAAAUUGUGAAAGAUUUGCCCAUUCUUUAUUCGUACCUAAUCUAAAUGGUUCUGAGUUACAUGGGUCAGUGAUUGUUAAGCGCGGACAUGAUAUAAGUCACAGCGACCUUCGCAAAAACAGAGCUGUACCAAGUGUUGGGCCAAAUGGAAGCCAUUUUGAACAUUUUAAACAAGUGUUUGAAAACAUCAUUUCAUGUCCUUGGAAACUUAACAGAUCUUUGAACUUGUCCACUCGACAAAAACUAUGUGAUUCAGCAAGUAAGCUACAGUGUUUUACAAGAGGCCAAGGCAAAACAGGUCAGGGUCUGUCCCACCAAAGAACUCUUCAGGGAAUUCAAUUGCAGUGUGGGAUGCCAACAAGGUCAGGGUUGCUCGUGCAUUCUGGACCAGAAUGGUUUUUAUGUCGCCACAUUAGUACCAGUACAAUAGAUCAAAAGAAGAAGGCCAGUUUGAAAGGUAUGGAUGCUGCAAAGGAUGCCGAUUAUAAAGGGGACAAGUCGCGGAAGUCAAUCAGGAAGAAAGUGCAGCCGGUCAUUAGACAGGUUGAGGGGCAAGCAACAGUUUAUGCUGUCGGAGAUAAUCUAGACUUUGAGAGUUUUAAAGAACAUCUAGCUGAGGAGCAGCUGUACGAGCUUUCUCAGGUACCAGAAGACCUGCUGGACAAAGUCAUCUAUGUGACGUCUCGAUACCAGCCAGAAAACUACCCAAAAAAGGACAUCUUUUUCUUCAGAGAGGGAUCAGCUGUGUUUUGGAAUGUUCCUGAAGGUGAGAGACUGAAAGUACUCAAAGACAUGAUGAAACACUGUGAGCGGUUAAUUGACAUGAAACUGAUAAUGGACGAAAGUGACAGUCUGGAAAUCCAACCCACAAAACUAGAGACAUUCCUUAACAACGACAUUAUCAACAUCAAUGAAGACGAGGAAGCAGCAGAUUUGAUGCUCGUCAAAUACGCCUGUUCUAAUGCUCUUUCACAGUCAGUCAAGCUCAGCAUUUGGGAAACAGAACUGUAUAGACAGAGUCAAAAAUGUGAACACAUUUCUCAGACAUUGAGGAAAGGAGGUAAAGUUUCGAUGUCCAAACAGAAAAUUUUGAAAACACUCGGGACAAUUUUCGCCAUUCGUCAAUUCAUGAACUUGGGAUCGGAGUUGUUGGACACCCCUGACUUUUAUUGGGAUCGGGACAAUCUGGAAGACCUGUACAAACAGUGUUACAACUAUCUGUGUGUCCCACACAGGAUCAAGGUGAUGAAUGAAAAGAUAAGCUACUGUUUAGAAGUGUUGGAACUCGUCAAGGACCAGGAGAGUGACAAUCGCCAUAUUCGCCUGGAGAGGAUCAUCAUCUUCCUUAUUGCAUUUGAGGUUGUUCUGGAGUUGAAGAAAGAAUUUGAAAAAUCAGAAUAAAUAUUAGAAAAUAUUAC